UCCCACAUUUCCCAGUGUUCCUUUGAGGUUCAGGAAUAACGCUCUAGCCAUGUCUCCCGCCGUCGCUCGCAAGGACACCAAGGCCAAGAAGGCCGCCCCCGUCAAGUUCACCAUUGACUGCUCCGGCCCCGUCAACGAUGGUAUCUUCGAUGCCGCCGCUUUCGAGAAGUUCCUCCACGACCGCAUCAAGGUCGCUGGCCGCACCAACAACCUCGGCGACGCUGUCACCAUUGCUCGUGCCACCGGCUCCAUCACCGUCACCGUCAGCGCCAACACCCAGUUUGCCAAGCGCUACCUCAAGUACCUCACCAAGAAGUACCUGAAGAAGAACCAGCUCCGUGACUGGCUCCGUGUCAUUGCCACCAGCAAGGGUGCCUACGAGCUCCGCUACUUCAACGUCGCUGCCGGCGAUGACGAGGAGGAGGAGGAGGCUGAUGCCUAAGCGUUUUGUCUCUCAUCCUGACCUGAAUAAAGCGCUCGCUAAAUGAAACGGGA